AUGGUGGUUUUUAAUGGUCUGUUGAAGAUAAAGAUUUGCGAGGCUGUGGACUUGAAGCCGACAGCCUGGUCUUUGAGGCAUGCAGUUGGCCCAAAGACACAGACUUUCCUUCUGGACACAUAUAUUGCCCUAAACGUGGAUGAUUCACGAGUGGGCCAAACGUCCACGAAACAGAAAACCAACAGUCCUGCGUGGCACGAUGAGUUUGUGACAGAGGUGCAUGACGGACGGAAAAUUGAACUGUCGGUCUUCCACGACGCCCCUAUUGGAUAUGACGACUUUGUGGCUAACUGCAUCAUUCAGUUUGAAGACCUGCUGCAGAAUGGUAGCAAACACUUCGAGAACUGGAUAGACUUGGAACCUGAGGGGAAGGUUUAUGUCAUUAUUGACCUGUCUGGAUCAUCCAGUGAAGCACCAGGGGUCUGUGAGAAUGAGGAGCGCGUGUUCCGGGAGAGGAUGCGGCCCAGGAAGAGGCAGGGUGCCGUACGAAGGAGGGUCCACCAGGUUAACGGACACAAGUUCAUGGCCACAUACCUACGGCAACCGACCUACUGCUCUCACUGCCGGGACUUCAUCUGGGGAGUUUUAGGAAAACAGGGCUAUCAGUGUCAAGUGUGUACCUGUGUUGUCCACAAACGAUGCCAUGAGCUGAUCAUCACCAAAUGUGCUGGACUGAAGAAACAAGAGGACACGACAGAGGAGCAGGUGGGCUCGCAGCGGUUCAGUGUUAACAUGCCUCACAAGUUCAGCAUUCAUAACUACAAAGUCCCUACAUUCUGUGACCACUGCGGUUCUCUGCUGUGGGGUCUCCUCAGGCAAGGACUGCAGUGCAAAGUGUGUAAGAUGAAUGUACACAGGCGAUGUGAAAGUAACGUGGCCCCUAACUGUGGCGUGGAUGCUCGGGGGAUUGCUAAGGUGCUGUCUGACCUGGGGGUCACACCCGAUAAGAUAUCCGGCAGCGUGCAGAGGAAGAAAAAGUUUACACAAGGUCCAGACUCACAGCCACUACCGAUAUCCCCCCAGUCUGAAGAUCGUUCCCAGUCUGCUCCCACAUCACCAUGUGACCAGGACAUGAAGGUAUCAGAGAGCAUUAGGCAAGCUCUGUCGUUUGAGCAUCGCGGAGAGGAGAUGAAGACGACCUCGUCCUCCUCCACCGCGGGCGGGGUCUCCGAGGAGGCGGGGGAGGGUCGGGAGAACGGCGAGGUCAAAUCGGUCCAGAGCAAGAGGAUGACUCUGGACCACUUCUCCUUCAUCAAAGUCCUGGGCAAGGGCAGUUUUGGCAAAGUCAUGUUAGCUGAACUGCGAGGCACAGAUGAGGUCUAUGCUGUGAAAGUGUUGAAGAAGGACGUGAUACUCCAGGAUGACGACGUGGACUGUACCAUGACGGAGAAACGGAUCCUAGCGCUGGCCAGAAAACACCCCUACCUGACACAACUUUACUGCUGUUUCCAGACCAAGGAUCGCCUCUUUUUCGUGAUGGAGUAUGUGAACGGGGGAGACCUGAUGUUUCAGAUCCAGCGCUCGCGUAAAUUCGACGAGGCGCGCUCCAGAUUUUACGCCGCCGAGGUCACGUCAGCUCUCAUGUUCCUGCAUCGAAACGGUGUCAUCUACAGAGAUCUCAAACUGGAUAACAUUCUGUUGGAUGCGGAGGGUCACUGUAAGUUGGCUGACUUUGGAAUGUGUAAGGAGGGCAUUUUGGACGGUAUCACCACAACCACUUUCUGUGGCACACCAGACUACAUCGCCCCCGAGAUCCUUCAGGAGCUGGAGUACGGUCCGUCAGUGGACUGGUGGGCCCUGGGCGUUCUGAUGUACGAGAUGAUGGCGGGACAGCCUCCGUUUGAGGCAGACAAUGAAGACGACCUGUUUGAGUCCAUUCUCCAUGACGACGUGCUGUACCCGGUCUGGCUCAGCAAAGAGGCCGUCAGCAUCCUCAAAGCCUUCAUGACCAAGAGUCCCAACAAGCGGCUAGGCUGUGUGGUGUCCCAGGGCCUGGAGGAGGCCAUUAAAGUCCACCCCUUCUUUAAAGAGAUCGACUGGGUUCUUCUGGAGCAGAGAAAAAUCAAGCCACCGUUCAAACCGCGCAUUAAAACCAAAAGGGAUGUGAACAACUUUGACCAGGACUUCACGCGGGAGGAGCCAGUGCUCACUCCUGUGGAAGACGCCAUCAUCAAACAGAUCAACCAGGAGGAGUUUAAGGGCUUCUCCUACUUUGGCGAGGAGACAUCGUCCUAA